AUCGUUUCCGAAGGCGCUUUCGUUAUCGACACGUUCACGGUCACACGCGCGAUCCAGAUAUUAUUUGCGGUGAAUUGCAUGGGAGGGAUCGAUUACAUCAUGAAUCAUAUUGUUCAGACAUCCCAUUCGAAACUAUCCGACAGAGUUCAGUCGCCUGUAAACGAGAAGAUCUUGUCAUCGGAGAAGAAUUUGCCGUCGGUGACGAGCCUGUGCGGAUCAUGGAAGUCUCGAAUGCUCGACAAAGUGCGAGAGUGUGGUAACGUUAUAAAGAACGUGGUCGCGUUCGACAAAUCGCCGAUUAAAUCCGCUUCGUUCGGUGGCACGACCACGGAAGGGGGAACGGCUAAUUUAUUCGUUGCCUCGAGAACAGUGACUUCCGUGUCCUCCGUGCCGGAUGUCAUCAGAUUCAGUAGUAUCGCGAAGAGGACAGAGGAGGCGGAGGCGCUGAUAUGGAGCCCUAGCGAAACAGAGGCGGCGAACACGUCGAUCGAACGAAUCAGCGACGACAAUCAGAAGAAUGGCUCGUUUAAUUGCACCGUCGAUAGUCGAAUAAACGACUCUUUGUUGUCGUUCUUGAGACACGAGAGACAGGUCGCGGAAGAGUUUUCGAAGGAGGACGAUCCGUCCAGCUUGAUCGAGAAACGAAAGAUCUCCGCGGAACCGUUCCUUUCGUACACGGAGGGGGCAGCCGAGUUCGUUUGGUCCGACAACACCGACGAGAGUUUUUCCAGCAGACCCUGGAACUCACUCGAACAUUUGGACACCUCGGACAUACGGUUCGAAAAUCCGCAAACGAAUUCCACGUUCUGCGAGACCUCCGACCAAUCGAAACAAUAUCCGUCAUCUCCCGUACGAAGUUCCGCUCUACGGGACUCUGGGUACGACAAUCAUUUCUCAGUCUAAGUUCCUUUUUGUGUCCAUAGAGCGAUAUGUUGUGUCAGCUUGUUCUUAUUAUUUAUCAAACCUUCUGUACGAUGCAAUCGGAGGAAUAAAGGUUUCUUUUAGUUUA